UGCCAACGAAGACCCUAGAAGUUUCUCUUGUUUUCUACCUCUUGUAAAUAAUUAGAGGACAAAUUAUUAAAGAAAAUUAUUGAAAGAGCUAUAAAGCAAGUUUAUCAUAGUAGAGAAAAAGAAGAAGAAGAAAAUGGAGACAGCUAAAGAGAAAGCAGCUAAUAUUGCAGCCUCAGCAAAGUCUGGUAUGGAGAAGACCAAGGCCAUCCUUGAAGAAAAGGCAGAAAGAAUGAGUACAAGGGACCCUUUAAAGAAAGAGAUGGCAACAGAGAAGAAAGAUGACAAGAAAACUGCUGCUGAGUUGAACAAGAGAGAAGCCAUGGACCAAAAUGCAACUGCUAGUGAUAGGUUCUGCAUUGUCUGUGAAAGAGGGAGUUAGCUCAAUAGGUUGAACAGUUGGCUGAACUUCUUCUUUUGCAUCCAUUGAUAGAUCAGGCAUUGGAGUGCUUUGAGGUAAUUCUCCUACACCUGAUUUUUGAUCAUCAGUAACAUCUGCUAAAUCAACUGAUUCUUCAUCACCACCACUAUUUUUUGUAUAUGACUCGAAAGGAUGUGUGGAUUGGUUCUUGCCUUCGGUUUUAGCAAAAACAAAAACAUCUUCCUAAAAUGUAAUAUCUCUGCUAACAAAAAACUUAUUAGAGAUCAUAUCCAAUAAUAAGUAUCCCUUUUGUGUGGUGGAAUACCCCAUCAACACUGCAGUUUUGUCCCCUUCAGAGAACUUAUCACCUUUAGGUAAUAUUGAGGCAUAGCAUAAACAACCUAGUACCCUCAUGUGUGAUCAGGAAGGUACCUUGGAAAACAAUACCUCAAAUGGUCUCUUACCACUAAUAGAGGAUGAGGGUAGUCUAUUCAUCACGUAGACAACAACCUUAACAACUAAACCUCAAUAUAUGAUAGGCAUUUGUGAUUGAAACCUGAUAGGUCUAGCAAUGUUCAGGAUUUGUCUUUGUCUUCUUUCUACAACACCAUUCUGUUGUGGUGUAUAAGGAUAACUGCUUUGAUGCAACACACCUAAAGUUUUGAACAAAUGAUUACACUGAGUGUUGAAGAACUCAGUGCAUUAUCAGUUCUUAUGACCUUUCACAUUAGUUCUGAACUGAAUUUUUACCAUCAAUAUAAAGUUUUGAGAGCAACAAUGGUCUCAGACUUAAGCUGCAACAAAUGUAUCCAAGUAUAUCUACUACAAUCAUCCACAAUGGUUAACAAGUAGAACCUUUUAUCAAAAGUGGGUAUUUUAUAGUGUCCCCACAGAUCCAUAUGUACAAUAUCAAAACAUAUGGUGGACUUAGUUUCACUGCUAAGAAAAGGUAACCUAGUCUGCUUGGCUAAAGGACAUACAUGAUAUUUAUUUAGCAGAUCAGUAUCCUUACAAGGACUCAACAAGUCUAGUGACUUCAACACUUAUGUGGAUGGAUGUCCAAGUCUCUUGUGCUACAGACUACUGCCAUGCAUUAUUAUGCCUGCUACUGGCCUUUCUUUAUCUUCAUAUGUAUUCUUCCUUCUAUGUACACCUUGAAGAAUGUAUAAUCCUCCUUUUUCCUUACCAACCCCCUCACCUUGCCACUGUAAAGAUUUUGAAAUACAAAGAAGUCAGGGAAAGAUGAUACAAAACAAGACAAUUAUCCAGUUACUUGGACAUGAUAGCAAAUUUAGCUUAAAGUCAGGGACAGAUAGUACAUCCUUUACAGUUUUAUUUUGCAAAACUAGUGUCUUUCCAUUGUGAGAUAUAUCAGGCUUGGCUCCAUUCGGUAGAUUCACCUUAUCCCCUCCUGCUUUAUCUACUUUACUUUUUGUGGAAAAUAUGUCAUUGUUUGAUGCAUUGUGAUGAGUGACACUAGAAUUAACUACCCAUUCUUGUUGCUCAACAUGAGAAAAUAAAUAGGUAGCUACACCCGACAUAUUAGCAUGUUUUGUCUCCUAUUGAUCCCCGUUGAGAAGUUCCAUAAUUUGCUUGUAUUCCCCAUCAGUGAAGUCUUGGCCUUUUGCCAACAUUGUAUUAUUGAUUUCCUUGGGACCACCUUGACUAGUUGAAACAUUUUGACCCGUAUCUCCACCAACACCCUGUCCAUUGAAAUUACUAGAUAAAAAGUGAGUAUCAACUUGUUUUGCAUAUUGGUUCCCAGGAUAUCUAUUGGCAUUGAAUUUUCCAGUGUUGUAAUUCAUCUUCCUCCUUGAUUUCCUAUCAGUAGAAUAUCCUAUCAGCUUGUAGCAAUUCUCUCUUGUAUGUCUAGUAAAAUGGCAGUAGUCACGUUCCUUCCUCUCGUAAUUAUGAUUUCUAUGACUUACUUCUGAACUUCUAUUCACCUGCAUUGUAACAUUGUAAUAAGAUCUGAUUUCUCACUUGUGAUGGACGAGUAGGCAAGUUAUUGCAACUCAUCUUCCGCUAUCAUAGCAUAUGCUUGAUUGAGAGAAGGUGUCACUCCCUUCAGCAGAAUCUGUCUCCUAGCUGGUCAUAUGAACCAUUCAAUCCUCCUAGAAACUCUAUCAGUCUCAUUUGAGCAAGAUGAUCUGCAUAGUCUUUAGACCUUGGGCAAUCACAUGAAGGGGUAGGGAUCACAACACAUACUCACUCCAUAGACCUUUCAAUUUGGUAAAAUUAGUAGAUACUGAAUCAGUACCUUCUGACAGUGUGUUGAUUUC